GUCUCCCACUCAGAUCGUCUUGUCCUACUGGCAGAACCGGGAGGGGGGAAAAACCAACAAACAUUUGCAAAGAAACAGCAAAGGGAGAAAGAGAUGGAGCCACGGGUCUGAGUUUCGGCUGAAGAGGGCAAAGACACAGGACGAUGGGGAUGUUCCUGCCUAGGAAACACGGGCUGCUCCUCAGGCUCUGGAGCUCUCUGUUGCGCAGCUUACAGGGUGAAAAAUCCUGGGCCAGGCGCCUGGAUGAAAUCAACCUGCUGCAGCAGAAAAGGAUCUGGGAGUCUCCCCUGCUUCGAGCAGCAAAGGAGAAUGAUGUUCAAGCCAUCCAGAAGCUGCUUGCCUGUAGUGCCUCUGAUAUUCAUCAGAGAGGUGCCACAGGGGAGACAGCCCUUCAUGUGGCUGCCUUGUACGAUAAUGUGGAGGCUGCACAGAUUCUGAUGGAUGCUGCUCCUGAUCUCAUCAAUGAAGCCAUGACAUCAGAACUCUAUGCAGGUGAGACUGCUCUCCACAUUGCAGUGGUGAAUAAGAACUUCAGCCUGGUGAAGGCAAUGUUGGACAAGGGGGCUGAUAUCAAUAACCUACGGGCCACGGGAUACGUCUUCAGGCACAGCAGCCACAACCUCAUCUACUUUGGGGAGCAUAUUUUAUCCUUUGCUGCCUGUGGAGGGAGUGAGGAGAUUGUACGGUUGCUCAUAGAAAAUGGAGCGGACAUCAGAGCACAAGAUGCCCUGGGUAACACCAUUCUUCACAUCCUGGUUCUCCAGCCCAACAAGAACUUUGCCUGCCAGAUGUACAACCUGAUCCUCUCUUAUGACAAGGGUGGUGGGGGGCUGGAAGCCCUGGACUUGAUCCCCAACAAUGAGGGGCUCACUCCAUUCAAGCUGGCUGGGGUGGAGGGCAACACUGUGAUGUUCCAGCACCUUAUGCAGAAAAGAAAGCACAUCCAGUGGACCUUUGGCCCCUUGACCUCCACCCUAUAUGACCUCACGGAGAUUGAUUCCUGGGGAGAUGACCUGUCUCUCCUGGAACUCAUUGUCACCACCAAGAAGAGAGAGGCCCGUCGGAUCUUAGAUCUUACCCCUGUGACUGAGCUGGUGAGCCUGAAGUGGAAUAAGUAUGGGCGGCCCUAUUUCUGCAUCUUGGCAUUGUUUUAUGUGCUCUACAUGAUUUGCUUCACCAUGUGCUGUGUCUACCGGCCCCUGAAACAACGGUACAGCAACAAAACAGAUGAGAGGGACAACACCAUCUAUAUCCAGAAAAUGCUGCAGGAAUCUUACGUGACUCCAGAGGAUGAUGUCAGGCUGGUGGGGGAGCUCAUCACAGUGAUAGGAGCCAUUGUGAUACUAAUUUUGGAGAUUCCAGAUAUCUUCAGAGUUGGAGCCACCAAGUACUUUGGGCAGACCAUCCUGGGAGGGCCUUUCCACAUCAUCAUCAUUACCUACGCCUGUAUGAUUCUGGUCACCAUGGUGAUGCGUCUCACCAGCACCAAUGGAGAGGUGGUCCCCAUGUCCUUUGCCUUGGUGCUGGGCUGGUGCAAUGUUAUGUACUUUGCCCGGGGCUUUCAGAUGCUGGGUCCCUUCACCAUCAUGAUCCAAAAGAUGAUAUUUGGUGACCUCAUGCGUUUCUGCUGGCUCAUGGCAGUGGUGAUCCUCGGCUUUGCAUCAGCUUUCUACAUCAUCUUCCAGACCCAGGAUCCUGAUGAACUAGGACACUUCUAUAACUACCCCAUGGCACUUUUUAGCACCUUUGAGCUCUUCCUCACUAUCAUCGAUGGCCCUGCCAACUAUGAAGUGGACCUGCCUUUCAUGUAUGGCAUCACCUACUCUGCCUUUGCUGUCAUCGCCACCCUCCUCAUGCUGAACUUGCUCAUUGCCAUGAUGGGGGACACCCACUGGCGUGUGGCUCAUGAGCGAGAUGAGCUGUGGAGAGCUCAGGUUGUUGCCACAACAGUCAUGCUGGAGCGGAAACUUCCACAAUGCCUCUGGCCUCGCUCUGGGAUCUGUGGGCGGGAGUAUGGACUGGGAGACCGCUGGUACCUCAGGGUGGAAGAUCGCCGUGAUGAUAAGCAGCACAAGAUGCACCGCUAUGCAGCAGCGUUUACCACCCAGGUCACAGAAGACUUUGACAAGUACUCCGAGAACAAAACAGAGCUGGAGGACAGCGGGCACAUAAAAGGCUCUUACAUGAAGAAGCUGUCCCACUUCAUGCCCUCAGUGUCCCCAACCCCAUCCCAGAGGAGCUCUAACCGUGGUUGGGAGAUCCUGAGGCACAGCACCUUCGGCAAGCUGCAGGGUCAUGUCAAUCUGGUCAUGGAGAAGGAAGACGAAGAGGAGGAGGUCUAUCAUGUCUGAACAACUGCUCAUCUUCUACUUUAGGACAAGCGAUCCCUCUCCUUGCUAGUGGAGGAGGCUGAUGUGGUCUGGCACAGACACCAUCCACAAUAGCUAUGGUCCUCCUGUCUACACUCCCAUCUGGGCUGCCCAUUCCAUAGCAGCUCUCCCUUUUGUGGGGUACUGGUGGCUCCAUGCCUGGAGUAACACACAGAAAUGGGUUGCAUUUCCCACUGCAUAAAUAUAGAUGUGUGCAUGGAGAAAUAAUCCCCUGAUGUAUGACCCAGUGUGUUCCCCCCAGCCUAGGGGAGGUCAGUGGGAUUCAAACUGAAUUGCUAACUCCUUCUGCACCAAGGAUGGAGGGCGGUGGAAGGGGUGGAGAGGGAGUUAUACCAGCCUGCCUCACCCUUGCUAAUAUGCUCACUAGUGCAUAUAUGCACCACCACCCUCUCAUGAAGGCUGUGGAAGGUGUAUCUUCUGCUACAGUUGUGCCAGUAACUGGAGCUUCUCCUCAUACAAUGGAGCCUGUUUUUAUGAAGCAACAGGUGCUGGCUCACCCUCAGGCCAUCCAUGCUUAGCUGUUGAGCAUACUGCAUGUAAGCCUGGGGCUGUGUGCUGAGCACCAAGGGACACCAUGGAGGGUGAUGGGCAGAGACUUUCCAGGUGUGGACUUUCUGACCCCAGGCAAAAGGCUUUUUAUUUUCAUGCUGGUUUUGUGCUGAGGUACAUUUCUGGUCCACCCCAGACUGGUAUUUUUUUUUUUUUUUGUAUUUAACUCUUAUUUAAACUCCUCCUCCCUCAUUCCUCCCUGAUGCAGACAGGCUAAUAUAUGUUACUGCUGUGACACACUGAAGAGUUUGAACUAUUACAACUGUGAAUCUUAUUGGGAUUAAUAUAGUCAUUCCCCUGUCGAGGGG